UGAUGAGUAAUGUACGCGAGUCUGAGAUAAUCCUAGAACAGCCAAUGGUAGUCCGCGAUCUCGACUAGUCCUUACUCCGUUCAGCUUAAGGUAGCGGUUGUAAGCAGCCCUACCACUACCGGAGAAUAUCUGAUUGGUCACCCUGUCCAUGCCAAGUAUACUUUGCGUUACAUCUCAGCUCCGCUACGGACAUUGUGGUCUACUUUUAUAUCCAUAAACUAGGUACAUUUUAUGGGGUACCCGGUCGCAAACAUUUUUUUUCAACGCUGUCUUGUCGUUCAGCGCGAAGUCGCUCAAGUGUUUUGGUUAGGCAAACUGAAAUCCACCCUCUCUCCUUUCUUUUCCUAUUUCCUUCUCCUACAGAUGCAUUCACUUCCCUCGCAAUGACAUCGUGCUAUUUCCAAAACGGCCGCGAAGUAACCGACAAAUAUCCAUGCAACAACACCGCCGUCGCAGAAGGAAAACACACCGCAUGCUGUUCAAAUUCCCUCCAAUGUCUCACCAACGGGCUCUGUCGAGACGAACAGCAAGACGCGACCCGAAACUACUACUGGAGAACCGCCUGCACGGAUAAAACCUUCCAAGACCCCGCCUGCGCGAACUACUGCCCCGAUAACAGCAGAAGCACAACGCUCGUCUGGAAAUGCAGGGAAUCGGAGAAAUGGUGCUGCAACGGCGGGGCCAUUGCGCCGCUGGAAGAACGCAUCAAACAGCCCAACGAAACAUGCUGCGCGAUCGACGAAUUGGUCUUCAAAGCUCCCGAUCCGGUCGUGUAUACUAAAGCGCAAUCGCUCUUCUUCACCGUAUCUACAAUGUCGACGACGACGGCGCCAACAACCUCCUCAACACCGGAUCUAAAAACCGCUACGUCUUCUACCCUCGAAUCGCCCCCAACCCCUCCUCCUCCAUCGUCAAACACAAACAACAACUCCACCGAAUCCUCACAUCCACAUUCCCACGACAAUGACCCCCACACGACCCCACCACCACCAAACCACCUCGCCAUCGGUCUAGGCAUCGGCCUCGGCAUCACCAUUCUCCUCUCGCUCAUCGCGCUGAUAUGGUGGUUGCGCCGCCGCCGUUCAUCCCGCCCCCCAAAACCUAAGAACCGCGAAAUGACGCGCGCUUUUGAAGCUUCUGGGCAGGAGAUCUCCGAGGCGAUGAGUCAGGGGGUUUCGGAGCUCAUGGGGAGCGAGGUGUGUCUUGUCGAGAUGCAUACGGAUGCUGAUUCCAAGUAUGCGCAGGUCGUUGCUAUGACUAGUGGGCGGACUAGUUUGUCGGCUGCGAGGGCGUAG